AUGACGGUGAGUGUGUUGAAAACGGAACAGACUACACUUGUGUAUGCACGAAUGGUCUGUACCUGGUCUGGGCAUUGUAACGACCGUGGAACUUGUGUCCCGACAUCGACCAAUACCGACUACACGUGCAGCAAUUGCGCUUCAGGGUGGAAAGGAAAAAGUUGCCAUCUCGUUGACUGCAGCAGUGGAUUAUAUUGCACCAAUCUCGGUGUUUGCGUGGAAUAUGGAACGGACUACAAGUGUAUAUGCAAGGAUGGUUGGACCGGAAAGGAUUGUGAACUUGUCGUCUGUACUUGGUCAGGACAUUGUAAUGACCGUGGAACUUGCGUUCCAACAUCAACCAAUACCGACUUCUCGUGCAGCAAUUGCGCUUCCGGGUGGAAAGGAAAAAACUUCCAUCUUGUUGACUGUGGCAGUGGAAAAUACUGCACAAAUGAUGCUGUUUGUGUAGAAAGUGGAACGGGCUACACAUGUGUAUGCCAGGAUGGCUGGUCCGGAAAAGAUUGUGAAUUCGUCGUCUGUUCUUGGUCCGGACACUGUAACUAUCGUGGAACGUGUUCACCAACAUCUACUUCAACCGACUAUGUGUGCAACAAUUGCGUUUCAGGAUGGAAAGGGAAAAGUUUUCAUCUCGUUGACUGCAGCAGUAGACAGUAUUGCGCAAAUGACGGUGUUUGUGUGGAAAAUGGAAUGGACUACACCUGUUUUUGCAAGGAUGGGUGGAGCGGAAAGGACUGCGAACUCGUAGUCUGUAACUGGUCGGGACACUGCAACAGCCGUGGAGCGUGUAAUCCAACGUCCACUUUUAUGGAUUUCACGUGCAGUAAUUGUAAUGUUGGUUGGAAAGGGAAAAGUUGCCAUCUCGUUGACUGCAACAGUGGAGUUUAUUGCAAAAAUGGCGGCGUAUGUGUGAACGAUGUCAGCAGUGGAACGGACUAUCGAUGCAUCUGCAAAGAGGGCUGGACAGGAAAGGACUUCCAGUUCAUUGACUGCGCAAGCCCAAUACGUUGUUUGAACGACGGGGAAUGUCACUUACAAAACGGUGGACUGGAGUUCAAUUGCACGUGCGCGAAAGGUUAUCUCGGUGAUAACUGCCAGAUAGAUAUGUGCUCCCCGUAUAUGAUUGCCGACAUUGCAAUGGUAAUUGACGUGUCCGACAGUCAGACAAACACGGUUUUUCAAGAACUGAAGGAGCAUUUAAAAUAUUUAAUAUCACAGUUUCCGGUCGGCCCAAAUCACUUUCAGUUCACUAUAAUCCUCUAUGGUAAAUAGCCCCAUGUUGUGUUUCACUUGAACAACACCUAUGACAUCGAUACCAUCUUGGACGCUGUGGAUAAUAUGACAAUCCCAGACACAAUACGGGGACCAACCUUCACCGGCGAAGCGUUGGAAUUUUUAUACAAAGAAAGUUUUCACGAAUCUAACGGAGGUCGGUCUGAGGUUGAUAGAUAUGUGCUUGUACUCACGGACGGAAUGGCAAGCGAUAGACAAAAAACGCUUGAGCAGUCCAAGCGACUGUCUUCUAUUUCGUACAAUCAAGUACUAGGCGUCGGAGUCGGUAAAUAUGUGUUGCAUGAAGAAUUGUUGGCAAUAACUGACACUGUGAGGAACGUUCAUCCUCUGUUUGGUGACAACACCAUCGUCAGCCUCUUGAAACGGACAAUGUUUGGGUGUGGCCGCUGCACAACAUCAUAUUCUGAUGUGGCGUUAGCAUUCGAUGUCGCAUCGUUUGGCUACGAGCAGUUGGAAGAAUCUCUGAAAGUUGCGGAAGUUCUAAUUGCAAACAUUCACACGGGCAUCAAUCAAACACGAAUCAGUCUGUCAAAAACUGUUGGCGGGAUAGGUGAAACUGUGUUUAACUUCAACAAGUUUAGUGACAGCAGUCAGAUGAUACCUGCGAUGUAUCGCGGUAUUAUGAAAGAGGAUAGCUGUCAUACAAAGGAUUGUUCAUCAGGAAAUUUAGUUGCGUUGAUGCAUCACUUGGCUGAGGAGCUUCUAAAUGUAACCGACCAAGGACGUAAACAAGUUGCUGUCGUUUUUACACAGGGCCAUGUGACGGAUUCCGAAAGGAACUUCGUUUUAAAUGAGGGAAAACGGUUAAAGGAAAAUGGUGUGAUCAUUGUUGUUGUUAGCAUAGGAAGAGAUGCCAAUGAUGAUCUGAUGCUUCAGCUGUCCACGAGUUCGUUCUUCGUAUUCUUGGUUGGAGAAGACGUAUCGACCUCUGUUGAUGUAAUCAAAGCACUCGUGUCAACAAUUGAAUAUGACAGCUGCUACGAUAUUCAGAACUAUCCCAUAUUUGACUCACUUAAUUGACUACUGUACAUAAAAGCACACAGUAGACAUUUACAGUUAAAUACAUACAUAUUGUGAAUUGUGUUUGCAUUCGGUUAAUUUUAUAUGAAUAUUGACAGUUCAAUUUUGAAAAUUUAAUACAACAGUAUUUAUAGGUCUUACAAGUCUAGAUAGUAUUGCAUAAGGAUAAUACUUUUUGUUUGCCGUUAUGUGUUUGGUUUGAUGGUAUGCCCUUUAUAUUUGUUCCGGUGGAUUAUUUUUAUUAUUUUUUCCCAUAAGUCUUCAUUUGCGGGCGACGCUAUUAUUUUACUUUAUGGUACGGAACAAACGUAAACGAAAAACUUAAUGCAAUACAUUAUUUUCGCAAGUUUAUCAGGUUUAACGGUAAGGUUUUACAAACAAUAUUGAUAAUGCAAUGUAUUGGUGAUGAAAUAUGGCUUUUUUGUCUGUUAUCGUCCUUCUAUGCAUGCUUUAAGGACAAUAUAGCAUACAACUGUUUAACUUUUCUUAUGUUCACGUGUUUACCUGCAUCAAUGAUCUCACAAUAUCCAGUAGUUGUCAAUGUAGGCUCAUUGUCAACUCAUCUUAUUUUUCAAAACUUCGUAAACUCAAACAUGUUCAAAAAAUGAUAUGCAACGUUUCCAAUUAAUAUUUCGCUUGUAUAUAAAUAAUAUACUAUUCUAUCAAAUUUAGAUGUUGUAAGUAACUUCAAUGCAUAUAUUAUUUUUUUUUAAUUAAUAAACAUUUCGUUUAGUAUAGUUGUAAAAAUAUACAUAACAUUCUGACAGUAGAUAAGUGUUGUGUUCCAACACA